AUGGCGUACCAACCAUCACAGCUACGCAUGUCAUCGAAACGAACUUCAAAGACAUCCAACUCAGAGUCAUACAAGCGUAGGCGCGACGACGACGAUGAUAAUGACUGUGAUCCCUCCUCAACUCGACGACGUCGAAUCUCUGGUCCCCCAGACUACGCAGAAGCCGUAAUGUCUACGAAUUCCACAGAACUCCCAGACGCCCCGUCAUCCCCACUAUCCCCAGUUCCGUAUCCCCUUCCCGAUGACAGCAGUGUAUCUAGUGAUGGAAAGGCCGCCCCUACGCCAUCUUCCCUGCUAGAUGAUGAGCGAGACCCUGUUUCGGAUGAACAAGUCUAUGAGUAUCACCGAAAAGGAACCGAAUACCAAGAAUGGAUUGCUGACCCAACUCUAGGCGGAUGUCGAUGUGGACGAGCAAGAAAAUCAUUGGUCGACUUACUCAACAAUGAAAAUAAGAACGAGAGGUUGCAUUGUCCAGAGAACCACUUCGACAACCCGCCAUUCUCUAUCAUCGAUGACUUGGAACCGUUAGGUUUUCCAACGAGAAAUUACAAGUUCCGCUACACCAAACUUUUACUCCAUGGUUAUGACAAGGAUGGCUAUAAAAGGGAAUCCGAAUAUCAAAAUACUUUCGCGGAAGGCGUUAUCAUCGGUGAAAGUAUUUUCAGAUACACUGGACCUCACUGGUCAGAUAUUGCUAUCGCUCAAUAUAAGUUUGAUCAUCCCAUCGAUACUCUCAAGUAUCUUUAUUUUACUAAUGUCCAGAACAAUCAAACCUUACCAUACGUCCAAGAAAUCCUAUACCCGAGACAUGAUGUGGACUGGCCUCGAGGAAAUGAAAUUGAGAGGCAAGUAUGGGAAUAUGAUACCGAUGAGUAUAAGGAGAUUCUGGGCACAAAGCUUGGGAAAGCAGCGGCUUGUCUGGUGAUAGGGGCUUGGGAGAGAGGUACACAUCGUAUCGCUAGAAUUCACACUCUCGGUCGUGAGUAUAAGAUACACCUCCGAUUCGAUAUUGAGCCACUUCCUACGACAUCAACUACUUGA